UAACACUAAUCAAUUGAUUGUGUCCCUGUUUGUUUGUGUGCGUCUUUUUAAUUGUUUACUUAUACUCGUUGUGUGUGUUAAUCAUUAACUGUUUACCUUUUAUUAUUUUUGUGUAUUAAUUUUUUGAUAGUUAAUUCAGUUAUAUAAUAAUAUAUAUACCUGUUGGUUACAAGUCUUGAUCAGCAAACAAUCAACAAUCAAUAAACAUGAAAUCAGCCCACGGAUUUUACUAUUAUUAUUAUUUUUAUCAAAAUGUUUCGAGUCACGUUAUCAUCAUCAUUUUGCUAUUAAUUUUUACACAAUCAAUAAAUUAUAUUGAAUCAUAUCAACACCACCGUCAUCAUCAACAUCACCACAAUUACGAGCAACAACAACAUGAUGAACCGAUGAAAAUUGAUUCAACAAUCAAUUAUAACACAGAUGAUCAACAGUUAACAAUAUCAUCGCCAUCAAAUAGUAAUCGGGAUGAAGAUAAUAAUAAUCAAUUAACAUCAUCAUCCAGUUCUGAUGAUGUUGAUCUUAAUAGUUAUACCAAUGGAUUACCUGAGUUUACCGAUCUUAAUCCAUCAUCAUCAUUGUCAUCUUCGUCUUCAUCAUCAUCUUUAUCAUAUUCAUCACUUGAAUCAACAUCAAUCUCACCAAUAUCGACAAUUCUUAAUCUCCAAGGGACUUUCAAUUCAUUUGCUCAAUUUAAAAGUUGGAUUAUCAAUCGUAAUCAACACCAAUCAUCAUCUCAAUUACAAUUACCAAAUUUAUCGUUAUCCAUACGUACCCAUGAACCUAAUUCACUCAUUUUUUACUCACAAUCAUCUGAUUGUUGUGAUUACAUGGAGUUAAAGCUUGUUGAAGGUGUUUUAAGGUUAAGAUUCAAUCUGACAUCCGGAAGUUCAGUAAUUUCAAUUGGCCGGAAUUUGCAUGAUUAUCAGUGGCAUCUAAUUGAGAUAAUAAUCAGCAAGGAAUCACUUAUGUUAAAGAUUGAUGGAGAAACAUCAAUUAGGAGUCUUCGUCCAUCAGCUGACCAUCAACAUGAAAAAUCAACUAAAAUGGAUUACCUGUUUAUCGGUGGAUUUCCUGUUAACAGUUAUCCAUCUGAAUUUGUCAAUCUUCAUCUUCCAUGGAUAUUAUUUGAACCAACAUACAGAGGUCAAAUUAAAAAUAUUAUUUACCAAAGUGAAGAUGAUAACAAUUUAAUCACUGGAUCUUCAUCAAUUAAUCAUCAUCGACAAGAACCAAUUAAGUGGAAUGGCCUCCGUCGUGAUACAAGUGAACCCUGUUCAGAUUCUGAUCCAUGUAAUCAUGGUGGGACUUGUAUUAAUACCGAUUCUGGUGCUGAAUGUGAUUGUCGAGGUCUCGAUUAUAUCGGUGAUCAUUGUGAUAAACCUAAACACUCGCCUGAGGCCACAUUUCGAGGACAAGAAUUCAUUUACUUUAAUAACAUUUCCAAGUCGAUUUUAAGUUCAUCGGAUGAAAUUUCGUUGUACUUUAAAUCGCGACAAUCAAAUGGCCUAUUAUUUUACGCUGGUGACGGAAUCUCUGAUUAUCUUAAUUUAGCAAUUAGAGAUGGAGGGGUCACCCUGUCAGUUAAAUUGGGUAACAAUUUAUCCGAACGAAUUGUAAAACCAGCGAGAAUCCGAUUCGACGAUAAUCAAUGGCACAAAGUUCUAGUUCAUCGAAAAGUUCGUGAGAUGAAUCGUGCAAUCAGUUUUUGUCAUUUUUCAAUAACCAUUGAUGGUGUUUACACGGAAAGAGGUUCAACUACAGGUUCAUUUUCCCUAUUGUCCAGUUCAAUACUUUUUAUCGGAGGAAGUGACCAUUUUGAACAACUUCCGGGCUCAAGGGUACAAAGCAACUUCAUUGGCUGCCUUAGGAAGGUUGAAUUCAUUGGAGAUUCAAUGGUUCUGGAUAUACUUGAUUUAGCUAAAAGUGACCUCAAUUUGUUACAAGUAAAAGGAAACAUUGUCGACUCUUGUCAGGAAGUUGAAGCUGCUGAUCCGAUAACCUUUACAACCAAAGACUCAUUUCUAGCAUUACCCCGGUGGGAAGCGAUCAAGGGAGGCUCAUUGUCUCUUAAGAUACGAACCAAUGAACCAAGUGGUGUUCUCAUGUAUAGUUCAGGGAAAACUAAUGGAAAUAGUUAUUCGACACCUUCCGUCUUGUCUUCUUCAUCGCUUUCAUUUUCUUCAUCCAGUUCUAACUCUGGAUCGAUAUCAAAUCAACCACCAAGUGAUUUUUUUGCACUCGAAUUACUUGAUGGGCAAAUCUAUUUACUACUCAAUUUAGGUUCUGGACCAAUUAAGGUAAAAGCAUCAGCUCGUCGAGUUGAUGAUUCUCAUUGGCAUGUGAUAACAUUACUUCGCACAGCAAAAUCAGGCCGAGUGACAGUUGACGAUGCAGCGGUUGAUUUUGUCACUCCGGGAACAAACAAUCAACUUGAUCUGGAAAGUCCACUUUACUUAGGUAGUUUUGGUCCCUCUUUGAGUAAAGCUUUUAAUGAGGUUCCUCCGGAACUUUGGGCUGGUUCAUUAAAAUAUGGUUACGUUGGUUGUGUACGUGAUUUAGUUCUCAACAAUCAGGCCAUUGAUAUCGCCUCAUUUGCCCGUAAACAAGAUUCCGGUUCUGUGAAACCUUCAUGCCAUUCAUUGCCAAGUCACUGUGAUAAAAAACCUUGUUUCAAUGAGGGUAUUUGCAUGGAAGGAUGGAAUCGAUUUGUGUGUGAUUGUCGAGCAACGAGUUACACCGGACCAGUUUGCACCAAAGAUGCAACUACAUUAAACUUUAAUGGUGAGGAUUAUAUGUUAAUUGACCUCGGUGAAGAGGUGACCACUCAAGCAGAGGAUCUUAACCUACGUUUCAAGACAACAACAUCGACCAGUUUUUUGUUAAUGGCUUCAUCAGCUGAUCGAUUCAGUUCAUAUUUAAUUAUCUCCCUUGAAAAUGGUCGUCUCAAGGUGACAAUUAACUUAGGCGAAGGUAACAAGAUAACCUACAUUGGUAAUGGUUUGGGAAAUGAUCGUUGGCAUACAAUUCGUAUUCACCGUCGUGGACCAAGUUUAGAGGUUAAAUGUGAUUCUGAUAAUGUGAUAACUGAACUUACUGGUCAGUUAAUUAAUCUUCAUUAUUCUAACCUUGUAAUUGGUUCUUAUAUUGAUCUAAGACCUGGAGCAGUUCGUCCUUCAACAAUGUCCACUUCAACUGGUCACAAUAAGGAAGCUCCUAAUUUUAUUGGUUCAAUGCAAAACUUAAUUCUCAAUGGAAAUGAUUACAUUGAUUUAAGUAGACAAGGUAUUGACCUUAACUUUACAGUGACCGCUACUUACGGUAAAAAGGAUGGUUCAGUUCACCGACCGAUAACAUUUAAAUCUCGACGAACCUACAUUGGCCUUCCACAAUUAAAGGCCUAUUCAACGAUGGCCCUUUACUUUCAAUUUAAAACUAAUCUGCCCAAUGGAUUAAUCUUAUUCAAUGGAGGGAAAGAUGAUGAUUUUAUCGCCAUUGAACUGGUCGCUGGUCAACUUCAUUAUACCUUCAAUAUGGGUGAUGGACCUCGACGAGUUAAAUCAUCAACUCGAUAUUCACUUAAUGAUGGUCAAUGGCACUCGGUUGCUGUUGGUCGACCCUCUCUUGGACAACACACCUUAAUGGUUGAUGAUAUGGUUUCGUCUUUCACCAAUAAUGGUCCCAAUUUACACCUUGAUUUAACUGGAUUACUUUAUCUCGGUGGAUUACCAAGUGAAAUGUAUUCAACAUUACCCUCUUUGGUUGUUUCCAAUCAUGGAUUUGAAGGUUGUUUAGCCUCAUUGGACUUUAAUGGUGAAACAAUUGACCCAACAGGAUCAGAUGCUGUUGUCAGGUCAACAUUAGUGUCCAAAGGUUGUUCUGGUGAAGGGUCAGUUGAAUGUUCACCAGGUAUUAAAGAGGAUGGUUCAUGUGAUUCAUUGAUUCCUCUUGGUUCCCCUGUAACCUGUAUCCCUACAGAUGACUGUCCAUGUGAUGAUAAUCAAUCACCAUCAUCAUUAUUACCAAAUAAAUGUUCAUACUCUCUUGGAAGUGCUUCAUAUAAAUGGGGAUCAAAAGGAGGUUUAAUUUUGUUUACAUUUCCUGAUAAAAAGUUGGAUACAAAAAAUGAUCACAUUUCGAUAACUUUUUCAACUGAAUCAGAUAAUUGUGUCUUAUUUCGUGUUGAUAGUGGAUCAAGUAAUGAUUACAUGGAACUGUCAAUAUUUGAUGGAACCAUCUUGAUGGUUUACAAUCUGGGAACGGAAGAUCAUGACAUUGGUCAAUUAGAUGUAAAGGUGAACGAUGGUAAAGUCCAUUCAGUCCGUUUUACCCGAAUCGGGCCCAAUUCAACAAUCCAAGUAGAUAAUCACAAUUUAGUUAGGAAAACACCAUCAGGUGGGAGACAAUUAACUGUAUUUAAUAGUCAUCAUAAAAUUCAAAUCGGUGGUAAAAUGAAUACAGCUAAAGAGACCCUGGAGAAGCCAUUUACUGGCAUAAUAUCAGGAUUACUUUAUAAUGGUUACCGUUUGUUAGAUUUGGCAAUGGAAACUGACCCAAGGAUUGAGGUUAAAGGUGAUGUACUUUUAGUGACCAGUACUGGUAAAUCAUCUCAUAAAGAAUCAAGGGAUAAAUUAGAGUCGCAAAAUCAAAAGGAAAAUCUCGGUGAAAAUAGUUCAUCAAACAAGGAAAACACUGAUUCUUUAAUUUUCUCAGGUGAAGGAUCAGGAGAUUGUUUCGAUGGCAAUGAUGACGAUGAUGAUGGUUGUGAAAUUAAAACAGUUAAAGAAACCGAGAUCGAUGAGCUUAUUACACCCAAAUUAGUUGAGAUGAGCGUUAAACCGACCCAAUCAACAUGGACAAGUGACCCUCGUUCAAGCUGGUCAAGUGUAACCACUGAAUCUUCAGCAAGUCGUCCAUGUAAAUCUGAUGUUGAAGAUUGUUCUGGUUCAAAUUUAAAUCUUCCAAAUCCUCCAAUAAGCUCAACAAUCGGCUUGACCAGAGAAAUAACUUCAACAAGUUCCCCGCAAACACUUGACCGAUCAUCAACUCCAACCAGUACAAGUAUUUUUCCUUGGACGGAAUCAGUUGAAAGGUCAACCUAUGGAUGGUAUAAACAUGAAACAUCAACCUUGAACCCAUCGAAAUUAUAUCCGAAAAUAUCUUCACCGAUCCAAUAUCCGCCGAUGCGACCAAAACCUCAAACACCCACUCGACCAACGGGCAGACCUCCAAUAAUUGAUGUUCCUAUUCCAAGUAAACCUUACCUGCCAAUGGAUAAACCAAAUCAUCCAACGACAAUUAACCAACAAGAAAAGCCCAAAGCUAAAACAAGCGGUCCAAGUGCCGAUAAUACCGCUUUGCUUAUUGGCCUGGUUGCGAUCACUUUAAUUAUAAUCGUAGUUUUAACACCGAUGAUAUUUUACUCAUAUAUAAGAUAUCAAAAUGAACGUUACUACAAAGAGCAUCCAGUUAAUGGAUCAAUGAUUUCCAAUGAUUUAAAUCGAGUUAAAUUUAAUCCAGUUACCGGAGUACCGACGAUUAUAACCAACGAGGUUGAUCUUGAUGGUUCUAAUAUGUACCAUGGGUCAUCUCGAUCAAAUGUAUCUCACAUUUUAUCACCAGAAACAGCGAAAAAUUCAAAAAAGAAAGACAAUCGCGAGUGGUACGUGUAAAUCAACUAAUUGUGAUUUAAUUGUAACCACCAAACAUCAUUUGGUUUUGGAAGAAAAAAAAAAUUCAAUUCUGUAAAUAUCUUAUAUUUAUUUUCUUAUUGGAUUGGAAGUGCCGUAAACUUUUUCUUUUGCAAACUAAUCAGAAAAUUAAACGAUAUUUAAUCACAA